AUGACCCCGACUAUCUGGAAGUACGGCGAACGCCAGAAGGCAGGGGCAAUGCUGGUUAAUUGGAUAAGCGAUGCGCGAGCCCAGGACUGUAAAGUCUCCAGAUCAAAGCUAACAGCUCAGGACCUCGAGUCUCGGGGCUAUACUAUCCGCUAUACCGGCAAAAGUCUGGAUUCAAAGUAUGUGGAACCGUUGUCCCAGGUGGGUCUUCCGACAGAAGGUGAAUCUUACCACCACAUGGAUAUCGAGGCACCCUUUGCAACCGGUAAGUUCAAAUUUGAAGCAUACAUUGGGGAGAGUUUGGUGAUUUUGGAAGACAUUGUUCGGGGAAAUCAUCCUUUUAUUUCUGAGAUUAGUCAAGCUUUAUAUGAAAGUAAGUUCGCAAUGGACAGUCUCAAGUACAUCAUGGUUUCUGACAUUAUCAAUACCGAUACAGUUGAAUUUGUUGAGCCAAGUCUGUACGAUGAGAGCGUCAAUGGUGACCCUUAUUUUUAUAACGAGUAUACCGGUAUGCGGACUUGGGAGUAUGAUACAGAUGAGUAUCAGGCAUUGCUUGGGACGCAAAUUGGUAAAAUUUCAGCAUCUUUCGUCCUGGGGGCGUUCACCAGGGGCACAAGGCGAAUUUCUCGAGUUGUUACUUGGAUCAACGACAGCCUUCUUUACAUGCGAUUUGAUAUUGAGUUUGUGCGCUAA